AUGCCACUUCUGAUCGUCCAUGUGCAAGCGAGGCGCCAUUUCCGCUGCAACUCUUUUCAUUCUCAAUUCCUCAGUCAAAAUUCGUUGACAAGCACUCCAGGACACACCAGUCAAAUCAACAAAUUCGUUAAUUGUUCGGCGACGGUCUCCCAACAUCAUUUCAUGAAUUUUCAUGAUGCUUUCAACUCCGAGGCGAAGAGUCUGUGGCCAGAAUUCCUUGUAACCCGCCGUCCGCAUCAUUCUUCUUCCAUUGUUCUACGGGCCCGGCGAGCCGACUCACAACGUCUUCGUGACAAACAGUACGUCAGUUUUCAAGGCGAAGCAGAUCACUCUCGUGUCGCAUUUUCUGCUAUCUAUCACCUCUCACCACCGUUGUCACCGAUUAUAGACAGAAAAUUUGCACCAACAUGGAACCAUUCAAAAAUAUCUUUGGUACUUAAUAAUGUUCUUAUCUAUCUAUCUAUCUAUCUAUCUAUCUAUCUAUCUAUCUAUCUUCUUAAUUUUCUAUCUAUCAAUAUAUCUAUAUAUCUAUCGAUCUAUAUAUCUAUCUAUAUUCUGAAUUUUCUAUCUAUCAAUAUAUCUAUCUAUCUAUCUAUUUUCUAUUUAUCAAUCAAUCUAUCAAUCUAUCUGUCUAUAUUCUUAAUUUUCUAUCUAUCUAUCUAUCUUCUUAAUUUUCUAUCUAUCUUCUAA